AUGGCCAGCACUAUUCCUCGUCAGCCAUUUGCUCCUCUGGAUGGAACCCGACUACAGGGUUUGACAAGUCUGAAGAAUCGACAGAAUGCUUUCUCUCCUGCCAGCAACGGCAAGCGAAAGGCCGAUUCUAUUGAUACAGACGAUUCGGAGAAUGUUGACCCGGCCCUGUUCGCCAAGAGGUCCAAGGGAUCCGACAGCUUCUUUUCCAAUGACUGCCUAAAACCCUCCACCUUCAUCCUGACCAAGACCAGCAGUGGAAGCUCUCUUUCGCCAAGGACCGCUACAACACCAUCUCUGAACAAAACCAGCAGGCCGAUUGCCAGGCCAAGAAGCACUAUCCAGUCCAGGUCGCCCAUCGCAAAGAUCAAUUCGUCACUGUCAUCGUCUACUCCGCUUUCGGCACCUGCAGGCCGUUCUCCGACUCGCGGAAGCAAGCGCGUCGGCAUCCUGUCCAAUCGCCGCCGCACAGCUAGCCCGUUUACGCGCGUAGACCCUCCAGCAUUCGGCAAGGGCAGCGGUCGUGGCGCAGCAGCAGCGGCAGCACCAUUUUCUUUGGAUGCCGCUCUCAAGGGUACCAUCUCCAACUACGCAUCGCGUCACAAUGUGCCGGCGGCCCCCGUGGUUGAUCUCUACGAUUCCCUGGACAGCUCUUGGACUUUCGAGAUCCACGAGGACACGCCAGAGCAGGAGAUGACAAACCUGCUGCAGCACAGCACCUGCGUCCUAGACAUCAGUAGCGAUGAGGAGAGCGAGCAAAAGGCGGUCCGGGAACGUGCAGAGGGUCGCGACAAGGAGAACAUCCCGCCAGCUGAUGACGUCAGCCAGAUCCGCACCCGGCGCAGCGAGGACGACAUGCUUGUCGAGAAGACUCGUGGGCCUCUUACCGAGAUGAACGCUGCGGACUACUAUGCAGAUGGCUGCGGUAGCGACUCGUUCAUCAUCGUGCCUGGGGAGUACGUCGACGACGAGGAUGCCGAAACCGUUCAUGGCGACGAAGAGCCAAGGGGGCACGACGACAUGGACAGCAAAGGCAAAGCCAAAUUUGUGUUUGCGCCAGAGCUCGAUGCCGAUGUCUCGGUCGACGCGCUGAUGAGCAGGAGAGACGUGCCUGCGCCGCAAGCUGCCCUGUUGCAACCUGUCGAGGGCACUGGCGAGAGUUUUGAGCUGUGGGAGAGCGGAAGCUCAAGGGAUGACGCCGAACCCGAAACCCUAGCUAGCCCAUCUUCCACCAGCCUUGCGGUUGAGGAAAAGGCUGAAGAGAAACCCGAGGGCACAACUGAGCCAGCAGUCGAGGUUCUGCAAACCCCCGAAAUUCUUGCCUCAUGA